CAGUCACUAUCCAUGGCGCACGCACGACCCCCUCCCGGCCAAUUCCCACUGACAGAAACGUUUCGCGGAAGUUGUUUUUAUUUUUAUUCUCUCUCUCAGUCUGUAUCGUCUUCCGGAAGCUCUAUAAUGAUAAUAAUAAUAUUAUGUAAUAUAUAAUAUUAUUAUGUAGCGUUCCAUGCUAGAUUUUCAUUUCAAUUAUUCCCUUCACCGCUUCCUUCGCCUCCGUGACAAACGCCGACUCAUAGCAUCGCGACAAUAACGUCCGGGGUCGUACAUUAAUUGUCGCCGCUUUCAACGUCGCAUAAAACUAUUUUUAUACCAUUAUAUUAUAAUAAAUAAAUAUUUCUGAGUAACGAUCCCAUCAUAGUAAUAUAAUGUGCGUCUACUGCGAUAGUGCGCUUGAUGAUCAAUCGAUUCGGUUUAGAGUUUUUCACAAUAACGAACCUCUUCGCGGAGCACAAAUCGUGAUUUUAUGUUACACGGGUAAUCAGAGCUGAUGACGACGACGACAAUGACGACGAUGAUCAUGAUGAUAAUGAUUAUGAUGAUGAUAAUAAAUGGAAAAGGGAACAAGCAGAAGACCUCUUGCAACCCGAUAUGGUUUUUUGGGGUCGGUCACUGGGGACGUACAUACGCUAUUAAGUACAACGAAACAACACCGCGCUAAUAAAACAAAAAAAAAAUACAUAUAAAAUUCUACCUUCAUUACGACUACGUGCGCGUAAACCAUAUUAAUUUAUUCAUUUUUUUUAUUUUUUUUAAUGUGUUGUUACACUUUUUAUUAGAUGAACAUUUUUCAAAGCAAUUUUUGCGAACAUUUUUUUAAAUAUCAAAGAACUUAGAAUAACUAGGAUUAACAACAACUUUGAUUUGACCGUAAUAAUUGACUACGAAACGUCGUUUCAAUCGAUUUUUGAAUUUGAUAUAUUAGGCCGUACCGCCCAACCUGUUCUAAAUUUUAAUUUAUUUUUAUAGUUUCAAUGACUUAUAGGUUACAACUUUAUGUUAUUAUAAGUUUUCGAAUUGAGAUAAAGACGAUUUAAUUUUGUUUUAUCAUUUCGAAGAGAAAUUCGUUUUAAACAACGUUGACAAAAACAACCGAAAUUGAUUAAACUUUGACAUAGAGCUUAUCGAAAAAAAUCUGUAGAUGACAAAAUUGAAUUAUGCAUUGCUUCUUAUAGAGAAAAAUGCAAGAAAUCGAAUAUCAUAUUUUGUCUAAACGUUUUAUUUCUAUUAUUAAAAUCGAUUUAAAAUUCAUAAAAUAUGACGUAAAAACGCACUAAUUCCAAAAGCAAUAGUAGCUAUUGAUUUUUUUUUUUGUUAUGUAAAAACAUACUAUUGGACGGAAAUGAUACAUUUUGACACAUUAAAUAAACUUAAAUGUUAAAUUUAUGAUAUUAAAUUACAAUAUUACUUACCGAAAAAAAACAAAAAAUAAUUUUUAUAUUAUGGUAUAAUUAUCAUAUCCAUAUAAUAGUCCAGUCAUCCUUAUAAAAAAUCAUAAAUACCGAAAACAGUGAAAAAUAAGAAUAGUAAGUUUUGGAUUGUCAUCUCACAACUGUCAAUAUAGUUAUAUGCAAAUGGUUAUUAAUCAAACUAGUCACAAUCCCAAACGAUACACUGAUUGUAGUAUAACUCAUCGAUUUAAGUAAUUUAUGUAACCAUUAUCUACUGGCACUUGCACGAAUUCCACCUUCUACCGCUGCAUAUUGCACUUCAAGAUGGCAAAGCUACUGUUAAACGUCACGAAAGACCAGAACGCUAUGAUAUUGGCGGAAAACGUGACCGUUUUUAACAACACUGAGUGCACCAGUCCCGAACCGGUAAUUUGUCCGCUCCAGAGUCGGUACCGAACAGUGGAAGGCAUUUGUAACAACAUCUUUGAGCCACUCAAGGGUGCAGCGCUGAUGCCAUUCCGCAGAGUGUUGCCGGCUGACUAUUCAGACGGUGUAUGGAAACCGAGGAAAGCGACGGACGGUUCGGAGUUGCCAUCAGCCAAACAAGUCAGCGAGGAUGUGCACCGACAGUCGUACGAAGAAGAUCACGAUUUUACCGUCAUGCUGGCGGUCUGGGGUCAGUUCAUGGAUCACGACAUAACCGCCACCGCGUUGAGUCGAGGGCAUAAUGGAAAGUCUAUUUCGUGCUGCAGCUCGGUGGACGGAAACUUUACGCAUCCCGAAUGUUUUCCAGUGAUCGUACACGAAGAUAAGAAAGAGUGCGGAAAAUGCAUGGAGUUUGUGCGAUCUUCACCGGCGUCUACUUGCGGUUUCGGGCCCAGGGAACAGUUGAACCAAGCAAGCUCGUAUCUAGAUGGUUCGUCUGUGUACGGUAACACGCGCAAACUGCAAAAUGAUCUAAGAUCGUGGACCGGUGGACGUAUGAAAGUGUUCAUAACCGAGUACGGCGAACAGUUAUUACCGCCUAACAAAGAUCCGUUGGACGGAUGUAACGAAGAAGCGGAAAUGAAAAAAGGCCGUUACUGCUUUUUGUCCGGAGAUGCCAGAUCAAAUGAAAACAUGCACCUGACAACUCUCCAUUUAAUCAUGGUACGUCAGCACAACAUGAUUGCCGGUCGAUUGUCGUCCCUAAAUCCACACUGGAACGACGAACAUAUUUUUCAAGAAACCAGACACAUAGUCACCGCUCAGAUUCAACACAUCACGUACAACGAAUUUCUACCAGUAUUGCUUGGCGACAGUCUCAUGAAGAGCUUGGACUUAUACUCUCAACAAACAGGUUAUUGGAACGGAUACAAUUCUUCAAUGGAUCCAACUAUCAGCAACAACUUUGCUACCGCGGCAUUCCGAUUCGCUCACACGCUCAUACCGAGCAUGAUGAAGUUUCUUAAGGACAACAACAGCAAUCCCGAAUUUGUCGAAAUGAGGAAAAUGCUGUUUAAUCCGUACAGACUAUACACGUGCGGUGGUGUGGAUAGCGUAAUUCGCGGAGCGAUGAACACAAGCGCCGGGAAAUCUGACGCCUUUUUCACACCCGAAGUCACCAGACAUCUGUUCGAAAAAAACGACGGAUCGAGGCGCACCGGAGGACAGUGUGGAUUGGAUUUAGUCGCACUGAACAUACAGAGAGGCCGAGAUCACGGACUUCCGGCGUACCCGCGGUGGCGCGAAACGUGCGGGUUUCCAAGGCCAAGGAGUUUCAACGAUUUAGAAGGUCAUGUCGAACCGGCAACGCUGCAAAGAAUAUCAAAACUAUACAAGACGAUCGACGACUUAGACCUAUACACCGGACUGCUUUCGGAAAAGCCGUUGGAAGGAAGCAUCUUGGGACCGACGAUCACAUGCCUGUUGGCCGAUCAAUUCUUGCGGGUGAAAUCGGGUGAUCGUUAUUGGUACGAAACGAACGAGAAACCUCAAGCGUUCAACGAAGAUCAGCUGUCAGAGAUCCGGAAAACCACGUUUGCGGCAAUAAUUUGCGACAAUUCCGACGAAAUUGAAUCCAUUCAACUGCACGUGAUGCACAGCAACCGGAAAGUCGGAAACGGCAGAGUUAGCUGCGACAGUUUAAUAAAAACGUCUCUCGACCCGUGGAAAGAAGAAUACGACACGACCGUUACAGCGGCCCCUGCUCGAAGCCCGACCACCGCCUCUUAGGACCCGUCCGCCACCGCCACUGCAGUCACGAUCAGUAAUAAUAAUAAGAACAGAUCGCAGUCGGCCGACGUUCCGUUCGGCAACAGUCGAAUCCACUACUGCGAAUCGAUGAUACGGGCCACAUGUGUAGACAUACAUUUAUUUCAAGUCGAGUAGCGCAAAAAUACUUUUUUUAAACACCUACUUUAAACAUAUUACGAUAUUAUAUUAUAUAAUAUUAUGUAUAAUAUCAGUGUAAAUAGGUAGGUGCUCGCAACAUACGGCACAGAGUUUCGUGAUUGUAAUAUUUUAUUUUUACUAUCUAUACUCACCAAAGCUCCUCUCCUUUCCCUCCAGCUUACGUGAGCUUAGCCCCUUCAAAAUAAUAUAUUUAAGUUAUAGUUUUCUUCGUAAUUAUGUGCAUAAGUAGUUUUUUUUAAAGAUAAAAUAUUAUAUUCGUACAAAAUCAAUAGUAAUUACUGAUUAGUGAUGACUGAUGUAUAAACGAUGUUUAUUGAAUAAUAUAUUGCGUCCGACUUUAAUCUUGGAAAAAUAAAAAGGCUGUCAAUCUGCUAGUAAAAUAAUAACCUUUUCAUAACAAAAAAAAAAAAUUAAAAAAGAACAGUAACUGUUAAUAUUAUAUGUGUUAAGAUUGAACUUGAGAGGACGUCACGCCCGCAUGUGUUGUGCCCGCCGUCUUACUAUAACUUAUUACGUACAACAUAUAUUGUGUUAUCACAUUUUCGUUAAGCAGUGCCAAUUUUGUGUAAUAUGUAGUUGGCUUUGAUAUUAGAGUGAAUUAUUAACCCAUUACUAUUAAACGUAAAGUUAAAAACGUACUCUGUGGUUUGUUGGAAAUGUUAUUCCGAUGUUAAAUAUGUUUUAAUUUCCAAGCUAUUUCUAACUAUUACAAUUUUUAAAUGUUCAUUAUUCGCUUCCUCGUUAUCGGGCACCUUUAAAUUUGACGAUAAUAGUAUAUAGAUAAAUACCAAAACUAACGGAGCUAAAAUAUGAGAACUGCUGAUCGUAAUUAUUUUACUGUGCUAUACGCACGGCUUGUAAAACGGAGACAACAUAUUAUCAAAUUUGCAUUCAACCGUUCCAAUUUUAUGUUUUAGUCGUUUUUGAUGUAAAAGUUUAUUAUUUAGUUUAAUUACUUAAAUUCAACAACAUUAUCUGCGAUCUCCCGCUGGUUUUCUACAAGCGAGUUAUGAGAAUUUUUAAAUUUUACUACUUUACAUAAUAAACUCGCUUGUAACUUAAAAUAUCGUAGAAAAACCACCGAGAAAUAAUGUUCUUGGGUGUGUGGGCAUAUAAUAGUGCACUAUAAUAGGUAUAAGUUGACUUCAAUAUUUAAGUUUACUACAUAAAGUUGGAAACUUGGAACUUCUGAACGUGAAUUUGUCAAUGUUUUAUGUUUGUAAGAUGGAAACGUCAACAUUUGCGAGAGUGACGUUCUAUUAAUAAUAAUAAUAUACAUUAAAUAUUAAAGAUUAGAGAGCAUUUUUUUUUUUAAAUCUCUAAAACAAAGAUAUGUCGCUAUAAAUUCGAUUUAUACUACUUGGAAGCGAAUGCACAACAUAUAUAUAUAUAAUACAUAAUAUACAUUACAUAUAUUUAUUUUGCAUUUUUGCCUAUUUUUUUUUUUUUAUAUUUUAACGGUUUUUUGAAGUUUUUAAGUACUUUGUCUGCUUUUUAGUAAAAUUUUAUAAUAUUGUUUUUAAAAUUUGUUCUAAAUACAUUUAUUUGAAAGGUUAGCAUUUAUUUUUAUAUUAUAUUAUAUUCUAAUGUGUUCCAGGGACAUUAUUCAAUCGAUUUUAUCUUGUUAUGUUUGAUUUAAUUUAUUGAUUUAUCGAUAAAAGUAGAUACCUGUUCGGUCACUUCUUGACAACUUUUUGUCGUGGGUCAGUCAUUUAUUUUUAUAAACUAUCUUAAACACAAUAAAUUUAAUUUUCAGAUUAACUGUGAAAGAAGAAAAACAGCAGUUAGGCUUGUGAAUAUAGAAAUCCAUUUUAUAAUAAUAUACAUUUUUUUAAUAAUUUAAUAAGCUAAUGGCUCAAAAUAAAUGCUUUUUUAAGCUAUUUCAUAAGGUCUGUAGAGCUUUAUUGCUUUAUUUUAAGUUCUUUUCUUUAGUUUUUUAUUGCUUCAAAAUCCGUUAUCUAUUAAUAAUAUUUAUAAUAUUAUAAGAAUUACUAGAUAACAGUGAGUGUGGUAUUUUUUCAACAAUUUUUAUACAAAAGAAUUUUUUGCGUUUUUUCAGUUUUUUGCCCCUACACAAUAUUGUAUUUAAGCCUCAUUCAAAAAAUAAUAUGUGUAUACAUAAUUAUAUAUAUAUAUAUUUUCCGGGGAUCUCUGCUUAUACGAAACUCGCGCCGAUUUCCAAGCGAACACUAUGCGACGCCUUCGUAUAAUAAUAUUAAAAAGUACUUGUAGCCUGUAGGUAUAAUAAUGUUUUAUCCAAUGUUAUAAUAUUUCAUGAUAAUUGGGCAAUACAAAAAAAAUACCAUUUCGUCGUGAUUGAUAUUGCGAUAACAAUAAAUUAUAUGAUGUAUUUUACGGUACGUGCCUGCUAUCAUUAUGGUAGUAAUAAUAUAUACAAACGUUAAAAAAAAAUGUAAUAAUUCAAAGUGAACGUUUACGUUUUCAAUAAUUUCAAAAACAAUUAGAUGAUGAGACUCGUCUCGUAAUCAUUUCUUUGAUGUGCGUUCUUUGUGACUAUUUGUAUUUUAUAAAAACGAUUUUUGCGACAUUAUACAUCGUAUGAGAAUAAAUAAUAAUAACCAAACAAAAAUAAUUAUUAUCUUUGUGCAAAUUUUGAAAAUUACUGUUUUUUUUUUAGUCAAAUACAUAUUCAUUUUUUUUUUUUAAUUUAUUAUAAACUACUUAUGUUAACUAUGUCAUUGUAUUAUUUAGUGAUAAACUUUUAAGUAUAAAUUAAGUAUUGUGAAUUUUCCAUGUAAAAAUAUAAGUUUUAAUUUUAAUACUUUAUAAUAUUAUAUUAUUAUGAAAACGAUAAAGUGUAAAAAUUUAAUUUCACAAACAUGUAUUAAAAUGAACUAAAAUGUGUUUUUCUGUGGUUAUAGUUUAAUAACUACGUAAAAUAAUAUGUAGCUGUCUAUUAAAAUGAAUAAUGAAUUGCUAAUAAAAUAUUAUUAAUGUUUACCAGAAA